UCCUACCCUGGGAUAGCCUGGCAACAAGGCAUCCCUCAACCCCUCCCUCUCCCUCCCUCCCAGCCAGCCUAGACUGUUUACUCUCUCUGGGGGUUAACAUUUAACAUUUACACCGGAGCACCACAGCUGACUGCAGCAUCAGAGAUAGUGGACAGCAACUUCCCAAGUUACUUGGCACUUUGGCUGGCAAACCUUUGAAGUGAAUUGAAUUGUAUGAUGGGACCUCGGACAGUUGUCACUCCAUCCAAGGAAAGAAAGGUGGUGUCUCGGGGGCAUGAUAACAGUCGUAGUAGUGGCAACAGUGGGUAUUGUAACAGAGGUCCCAUUCUUACCCCUACCUCACCAGUGCUGUCAAACCCCAAAUCAGUGCUGAAGAGACAAGUGAGUCCAGAGGAGCUGCAGAGACCAGGAGGUCCAUACAUAAAGAGGACGUUUACGAUUGUUGGUGAUGCGGUGGGCUGGGGCUUUGUGGUCAGGGGGAGUAGGCCAUGUCACAUCCAGGCAGUGGACCCCAGUGGCCCUGCAGCAGCAGUAGGAGUGAAGGUGUGCCAGUUUGUGGUCUAUGUCAAUGGUCUGGACGUCCUGUCUCUGGACUACAAGAUGGUCAGCAACCUCAUCCUCACUGGACCGCGAACCGUGGUCAUGGAGGUUAUGGAGGAGUCUGAUUGUUGAGGAUGAGGUUGUAUUGUAUUUGGUUACAGUCAACUUAAGGCCUCAGUAACCCAUUGGCUCUUGGAGGCGGAAAGCUUAGAGUAAGAAUGUGGACCAUUUCGGCCCAAAUAAAUCCAUAGAAACCUUAUGACCUUGAUAUGGAGCAAAUCUUAGCUACAUCUUCGACCUGAGACGGGGGUCACAGCAACAGUGACUCCACAGAAACCUGAUGAGCCCCAUUGUGAAGCCAGGUGUGCUUACAUCAUCAGUCUGAGACUCUGACCAGUGUUCCGUGGUUAACAUGGACCAAGUUUGUGUUUUUGUUCUCUCGCGGCGGUUUAGACUUUUGACCUGUGCGCCUACUCAUUGCCAUCCCCCUGCUGUUUGCUUUUCCAUCCACUCCCUCGUAUGCUCCAAUGGAGGGUUCCUUCCUAGAAAGACAAGUAUUUAGGGAGUUGUUGAUAAGUGAGGUGGCACAUACUGUAAACAACUCCACGCUUUCUGACGUGGCAGAGGUGUUUCUAAAUAGAAGUUGUUUUGUUGAAUUAGCUUUGCAUUUUGCUUUGAAUAUGUUUGGCAUUGAAUUCUUAAGUUUGGUAGCAGGAGCAAUUUAAACCUUGUAUUCAUAUUGGACUGAAAAUAGCACAAUACUGUCAAACUACAGACCACUUUCUAGCAGCAUAAAAAGGCUUGGAUGUCAUCUUGGUUUCUGAUUCCACUGCAAUGUUUUUGGAAACCCAUAAUACUGAUAAAAGUUCAAAUAAUCAAUCAGUAGUAGCCUAUCAACAUGUUAAUCUUUUUUUAUUUUUGAAAAAACUAAUUAAUGUAUUAUGUCAAAUGGAAAUAGGUUAUUGCAGUGACAUUGUGCAUUUUGUAAAAUAUUUCAAGUGUAAUGCAUGAUUACAUGGUCCAACAUAAGGUAUGAAGGACCAAAAUCACUAAAGGAUUUGUACUUGUAUAUAGCCAUAUAGCCUGACCCUAUACAUUUGCCAUGAUCAACUGAUCUUUAGAGGGUAUUAGUGCAGCCAGGCCAGCAAAGAGUAUCUACAUUUGUGUUAGUGUUUGAUCAGUGUGUAAAUAUUCAAAUUAGCCAAUGAAUUAAUAAAAUAAAGUAAUUCAAUUCAAAAUAUUAGCAAAUGUGUAUUUGAAUGUAUCAAUGUUUAUGAUUUUAAAGCAAUUAUAUAAUUCAUCACGCAAAUAAUCAAUCUUAUAAUCUUUUUUUUUUUUAAGGAAUCACAUCUAAUGAAGCAAAUUAUUUUAGCAACAUCACUGGACAAAAUCAUAUUUUCAUCAAGAUUAUGGCUAGAAUUUUUACUCUGCUUCAAUCUAAUGGCAAUAAAGUGAGAGCAUUUAUUGAACCAUGGCAGGAACUUGAAACUGCAAUAAAAGUUGAAAUUACCUUGAA